AUGUGGAUAUCAAUAGCCCUAUAUCUUCAGAUUUUAGGUCUUAUUCCACACUUCGUGUCGGCCACGAUAUCAGAACCAAUAGCUGGAUAUCUAUGUGCGAAUAAAAUUAUCUGGUUUCAAGAUGUUGCAAAUGCUGCCCAAAUAGCUUAUAAUCAUUUCAGGCAACAUAUCGAACGGGGUCAGUUCCCAGCGUUUUUCACCGAGGGGCAUCUGUUCGGCCUAAAUAAUAAUUUCCUUCUAUCAUGGCCUGUUUGUCUUAAUUGGAACAGAAAUUUAUCUGGAUCAGCUGGAAAGGCACGUGUUGUCAUAAAUACUGACGGCUUCAUAGUUGGUGUAGUUAGAAUAAAUUUUUCUAUUACCCCACCUGGAUUUACAAUUCCGCAAAAAUGUGAACCUAUAUACCACUUUCUAGAAGCGGAUCAAUAUCUUUCGGAUUCUAAGAAUGAUAGAUUGAGUCUUAGGUAUAAGUGGAUAGGGUACACGUGUAAUUCGGAUUUCAAAAGUAAAGAGUCUUUCGAUCACACGCUAAAGAUUAUACAGCAAUUUACUCCCAAAACUAGGCGUAAGAAAAGUAUAUCUCCUUAUGUUGGCAAUUUAUAUACCGGACGCGGCCUAUAUAAAUGUCCCAUCAGGAAUUUAAACAGUAAAGGUCAUGUUACUAGUCAUACUGGAAAAUUCUGGAUCGUGUUUCGCCCUGGGUUUACAUUUAUGGGAGUUAUAACUAACAAAGAUACUGAAAAAAAGUGCAUGAAAACAUGGUCCAUCAAAACAACGGAAGCCAAUACCUACAAUACUCCGUCAAUUAACCCCGAUGAUACAAUGGAACAACAUAAUUAUAUUGAUCUCAGCUGUAAUGGUCACUGGUUGAGUAUGUCAUAUGUCGUUAAUUUCAUUUCUCUUGCUGAAGAAAAUUUGCACCAAAUUAAAGACGGAAAUGUCAGAGGAUAUCCGAUUGUACAGGACUCAGAUCUCUUUCUCUGGCCAAUUUCUGUGCCGGAAAGGCAAGUUGCAAUUGCGAGAUACGUGUUUGCAGUAGGCUUCCACGAGAGAUCUCAGUAUCUUGGUAAUCAUGAAAAUGGUUACAUAUAUACGGGGCUGUAUAUUUCAGAUAAAAAUGCAGAUGACAAAAGAUUCAAGGUUUGUCUUUGA